AUGUUGGCAAAGCAAGGUCACAACAGUCUUCGGCUAUCCGCGGUCGUGCUCAAGACCAACUCGGUCGCUACACCGGGAGUCGUCGGCGGCGCGGCGUCACGACGGGCUGCACCACUCAGCACGCGCGUGCCGUCCUCAUCGGCCCGGAAAGGAUCAGUCGCAGCCACCUCCUUGGCUCGACCGAAUCGUUGGCUGAAACGAAACUAUGCCAGUACGCUCCUGGGCCAUUGCAACUUCGACUGUGGCGGAACCCUGCUGACGCUGUAGCCGUCCACCCCACUCGCGGACAGCUACGACCCAAAUGCCCGGCGGGACCCCCACCACUAUCACUCGCUCCGAGGCGGAAGCCGACAAGGGCAAACCCCUGUUUAACAAGAUUCUCAUCGCGAAUCGGCAAGUCAGCGCGUGAUGUUUGAAUCGAGAGACGCUCGACUCAUCUGAUUCCUUCCGUAUCGUUCCGUGCUACAGCGGAGAAAUCGCUUGCCGGGUCAUGAGGACCGCCCAGGCGCUCGGCAUCAAAUGUGUCGCCGUCUUCAGUGAAGCCGAUCGCUACAGCAUGCACGUCAAAAUGGUCAGUGGCAUCAUUUACAAAGUUCACGUCGACAUGGCACACAUCCGAUCACUGACAAUCAUCGAGUUGCUUCGCUGUCGCCAGGCCGACGAGGCCUACUUACUCGGACCGGCCCCGAGUGCCGAGAGCUACCUCAGGACCGACAAGAUCCUCGAAAUUUGUCGCAUCAGUGGCGCACAGGUGGGUUUCCACGUAAUCUGACUUGGUGAUCACCAAGUUGAAUCCCAAUUCGAUUUCCUCUCUCUAGGCCGUGCACCCUGGUUAUGGCUUUCUCUCCGAGAAUGCUGCAUUUGCCAAAGCCCUGCACGAGAACGGCAUCGUAUUCAUCGGACCUCCUUCUUCCGCGAUCCUCUCGAUGGGAUCCAAAUCCGAAUCCAAAGACAUCAUGCUCAAGGCUGGCGUCCCUUGUGUCCCCGGAUGGCACCCUUCGACUUCCGCUUCGGCCGAUUCUCAACUACCUGACUUUCUGCAAGCCGAGGCCGACAAGAUUGGGUACCCCGUUUUGAUCAAGGCUGUUUCGGGCGGAGGUGGGAAGGGCAUGAAGAUUGUUGAUCGACAAGAGGAUUUCAAGGAACAGCUUGCUAGUGCGAAGCGAGAAGGGAUGAAGAGCUUCGGCGAUGAUACUGUUUUGCUAGAAAAGUACCUCUCGACCCCUCGCCGUAAGUGACACAAACCUCUCGACUUGGCCAGACACCAUACUGAUGGUUAUUGUGACCUCCGUAUUCACAGACGUCGAGGUGCAAGUCUUUUCGGAUGCUCAUGGUAACCACGUCUCCCUCUUUGAGCGCGACUGCUCGGUCCAACGACGUCACCAAAAGAUCAUCGAGGAAGCCCCCGCACCAGGCCUCGACCCCGUCUUGCGCGAAUGCCUGUACGAGAUGGCUCGCAAAGCCGCCGAAGCGGUCGAGUACCGAGGUGCGGGAACGGUCGAGUUCAUCAUGGACGCCCAAGACCCCAACAAGUUCUUCUUCAUGGAGAUGAACACGCGGCUCCAGGUUGAGCAUCCUGUUACGGAGGCGAUUACGGGCGUCGAUUUGGUGCAGUGGCAAUUGGAAGUCGCGGCGGGAAACCCGAUUCCGCUGAAACAAAAUGAGAUCAAGCGUACGGGACAUGCGUUCGAGUGCCGUAUUUAUGCCGAGAACCCCAGGAACAACUUUUUGCCCGAUACGGGCCUGUUGAGGCAUGUCAAGCCUCCUGCCACAUCUUCCAACGUCCGAAUGGAAACCGGCUUUGGUACCGGGGAUGAGAUCAGCGUGAGUCGAUUCUCCACCGGAUCCGUUGACAACGACGUCUAGCUUAUUCCCUCGUAUCCUGCCCCCUAUAGGUUUUCUACGACCCCCUAAUCGCCAAACUGAUCGUCCACGGGUCGGACCGAACAGAGGCCUUGCGCGUCCUGCGCAAAGCUUUGGCCGAGUACCAAGUCGUCGGCCCUCAGACCAACAUCGAGUUCCUAAAGCGAUUAUCCGAGCAUGAGUCAUUCAUCGCUGGAGAUGUCGAGACUGGGUUCAUUCCUGUGAGUAUGCCCCGCUCGGUUGAGUAAUUCGAUUGAUCGGAGGCCUGACCCUGCCCUUACGUGCGCACAGAAACAUUUUGACGCCCUGUUCGCUCCGGCGACCGAGGCAUCCCCUUCGACGCUGGCCCAAGCAGGUCUUUUCGUCGCCCUCCGCGAACUCUCGGACGCGACGAUUUCCGAAAGCUCCUCGACCGGUUCCCCCUGGUCCACGGCCUCGUUAGCCGGUUUCCGACCCGGUCAAACCUCUUCCUUCAAACGCACGAUCGAACUCAUACCCUCCGCCGACGCCGCGGCCGAAACCGCUCGUUCAGCAAAGGUCGAGAUCGGUGCCCCAUCAGCAUCAGGUGGUUUCCCCAUCACCGUCAUCGACUUCCAAGGCACUUCCACCUCAUUCCCCUCCGUUCAUCCCUCCCUCUCGAUCCCCAACUCCAACAGUUCGGCAACCCGUCUGUCGACAUUAAUCAACGAUCGUCUUUCGCUGGUUGAUGUGAUUUCCCAACCUCAACCUCUGGGAGGGGAGAGGUUACAUUUGUUCAAUAAUAGUUCGGAGGCGUUCGUCGGUUCGUUGGAUGUACCGCCGCCGACUUGGAUGAAGGUUUUGGCGGAACAACAGGCCGGGGCGGCGGGUGGGGGUGGCAGCGCGAAGAGUCCGAUGCGUGAGUUUGGAAACCAGAUCUCUUCAACUCAUCUCAGACUAUUUCUGAUCCUGACAUCGUGUAUCGCAUCCAAUCACACUACAGCUUCAAGGAUCGUUCAAGUCUUCGUCAAGGAAGGUGACAAGGUCACACAGGGUGCACCCUUGGUCACCGUUGAGGCGAUGAAAACGGUCAGUCCCGAUCGCCCGAUCUUUCGGCCUGUUCACUAUACUGAUACUUCUUUCAACUAUCACUGUCAAAAGGAGCACGUUCUCCGAGCCCCUAAAGACGGCGUCGUCUCCCGCGUCGUCGCGACCGUCGGUGAACUCGUUCCCGAAGGCAAAGUCUUGGUCUUGUUCGAGGAAGAAAGUGCCUGA